UUUUUUUUUUUUAAGCCCACGAAGGAAAUCGUUGCGACGUUUACACCCCCUCCCUCCCGGAGCCCAUCAUGGAGUAUAAACGAGUAUAAACGGGUGCGAACGAGUGUCAGGAUGGAGUUGUGAACUCUUCACACACUUGGGAUGUUGCGGACUCGCCACGAGCGCCGCUUUCUGAAGCUCCGCUGCUCCUGCCUCGCUGCUGCUGCGUGCGCGCGCGCCUUUCGCGCGAUGUUUACACGGAUCGCGCUGGUGGUGUAGCCGCGUCCCUGCCACGAGUGGCGUGUGUCCGCGCGCUAGGCUCACGGUGAUGCGCGCCGCUCCUGCUCGUCCCUCAAUAAAAUUCUCUCGCGGUUACGUUGUUGUGUCCGCUUCCACGGGCGCGCGCCGCCUCGCUGAGCGCCGGGAACUGACUGCUGCUGGCGCGCGCUGCUUUAUCCUUAUUGUUUUCUUUCUUUUCGUUUCAUCUUAAUAAUUUAUUUCAAUUUUUUUCCCCCCCGUUUUUCUUUCAAUUUUUUUGGGGGGUUGAUUUCUUUUGUUCUUGCCGGAUUCUAAAGGCUCUCCCACGAUGACUUACUUCUCCCACGCUGUGAUUUUGCUGCUACGUGGACUCUUGUUUUCUGCGGUACUGGGAUUGGAGAGCAGCUUCGAUCUGCCCAAUACGGCCGGCACCGUUGUGGCCGCAGACCCUUGCCAUACCGUGAUCCCGCCGUGCAUGGGCGAUGCGGACAGGUUCAGCCUGGAGGCCUUGCGGCACAUUCAUAAGCAGCUGGACGAUGACAACGAUGGGGGUAUCGAGGUCAACGAGAGCGUGGAGUUCAUCAUAGAAGACAUGAAGCAGCAGCAAACCAACAAACACAGUAACCUCCACCGAGAGGACCAGCACAUCACCGUGGAGGAGCUGUGGAAGGGCUGGAAGAUGUCUGAAGUGCACAACUGGACGAUGGAGGACACCAUCGUGUGGCUGAGGGAGUCGGUGGAGCUGCCCCAGUAUGAGAAGAACUUCCGGGAUUUCAGAGUGAACGGCAACACCCUACCUCGAAUAGCUUCCAAUGAACCUUCAUUUAUGACAUCCCAGCUGAAGAUCGUGGAUCAGAGACACAAGCAGAAGCUUAAUCUGAAGGCCCUGGACGCAGUGCUGUUUGGACCUCCUCUGCGCCCCCACCAUAACUGGCUGAAGGAUUUCAUUUUGAUGAUCUCUAUUGUCAUCGGUGUCGGGGGAUGUUGGUUUGCAUACGUGCAAAACAAGUCUUCCAAGGUGCACAUUUCACGGAUGAUGAAGGACCUGGAAAGCCUGCAGAAAGCUGAGCAGAGCCUGUUGGAACUGCAGAGCCAGCUGGAGAAGGCUCAGGAGGAGAAGCGCACGGUUGCCGUGGAGAAGCAGAACCUGGAGCAGAAGAUGAGGGAUGAGAUCAACGGGGCCAAGAAGGAGGCUCACCGGCUGCGGGAGCUGCGGGAGGGGGCCGAGUGCGAGCUGAGCCGCCUCAAGUACGCGGAAGAGGAGCUCGUGCAGGUUCGCAUGGCGCUCAAGAGGGCCGAGAAGGAGCUGCAGGCCGAGUGGUCGGUGCCCGAGGCCCUACAGAUGUGGCUGCAGCUCACCCACGAGGUGGAGGUCCAGUAUUACAACAUCAAGAAGCAGAGCGCCGAGCUGCAGCUCACCGUGGCCAAGGACGAGGCAGAGAAGAUCAAGAAGAAGAGGGGCUCGGUGUUCGGGACCCUUCACGUCGCCCACAACUCCUCUCUGGAUGAGGUGGACCACAAGAUCCUGGAGGCGAAGAAGGCCCUCUCCGAGGUGACGGCCUGCCUCCGUGAGCGGCUCCACCGCUGGCAGCAGAUCGAGAAGCUGUGCGGUUUCCCCGUCGUGCACAACUCGGGCCUCUCCAGCCUGACGACCGCCCUCUACUCCGACCACAGCUGGGUGGUCAUGCCCAGGGUGUCCGUGCCCCCCUACCCCAUCGCCGGCGGCGUGGACGACCUGGACGAGGACACGCCGCCAAUCAUUCCACAGUUCAGCAACCCUCUGAUGAGAACCCCGCUGACCCGCAGCAGCAGUCUGUGCCGCUCCCGCCGGAGUCUCCUCGGCUCGCCCCCUCCCGGCCUGCUGUCCGCCGAUCCCGACCUCGUCUCCAUGGCCAGCGCUUCGCUCUCCCUCCACGCCGAGGAAGAAGAAGAACAGAUCUUCUUCACGACAGACCGUAGGGGCGACACCCCGGACACGUGCUCCGACUGCGACUCGCUCGGCUCCUCUGCCAGCCGGAAGCAGCUGGCCCCGCCCCCUUCGGGCGGCCAGGACACGCCCACCCGCCGCAUCUCCCGGGAGGAGCUGCUGGCCCAGGAGCUGUGCGCGCCGGACUCGCCGUGCCCUGGCGAGCGGCCCCUCCGCGGCUCGCCCGACCUCACCCGCGUGGCCGAGUCCCAGAGCAUGACCUUCGGCAGCCCCGCGGUCAAGGCCGUGUACAACGGCGUCCUGGAGAAGUCGUACAGCCUGGGCCAGCUGCCCGGCGCGCUGCCGGACCCCGAGGGCAGGUCUCCCCGCGACAACAAGCUGCAGAGCCAGACCUCCCAGGACUCCAGCGAGAACGGCGACAGAGUGAAGAGGUCCUCCUCCAAGAUUAAGAGUUUAUUCAAGAAGAAGAAGUGAAGGGGGAGGAGACGUUGUAGCCUUAAAAAAAUAAUAAUAAUUUAAAACGACGACAAAAAACAGACUCGUCAACAAAAGCCAGAACAUCCGAUCUGUUAUCGUUUUUAUUUCUUUCGGAAUGGAAUGUAGCUCCGUCUGGUUGGCCCAGAUCAGAAGCCCUCUUCGUUGCCUUGUUUUCGAGUUCGCUCGCAGCCGACAGCUGUCGAAGGUCAGAGCGCCCCUCCGAGCCCAUUUAUUGCCGUUCGUCGCAUUCUGUUCAACCCAGACGCCACUUCCGCUUCUCUCCUCUAGGGAGGUUCAUGGUCUUUGAGCUUUAGGUGAGUUCCUGUUUACUGAGGCUGAAGAGCUUGUGGACUUGGAGUUUCCUGCAGAAGAUCACUUUCCACACUUUGUUGCACUACCACCUUCCUGUCCAGGAGAGGAGAGGAAAGGAGAGGAGAGGAGAGGAGCGCUGCUUGUGGAUUUGUCACUUAUGAGUGGAAAAUAAUAGGCAGAUAGACAGACAGACAAAUAAAUGUGUGUGUGUGUGUGUGUGCGCGUG